UCACAGUGUAACUCUACACCCGCUUCAACUCAGCCCAGCUCAGCGCAGGGGAACAGACUGGCGACCACAAACCCUCGGAGCUCACGCGAACUGGAUCAAAACCAGCAAAGACUUCAGGAGUACCUCCACCCGGCCUCAGGAUGAACUUUUGUUUACGGAUACUUUCCCUCCUUUUGCUCAUCGCUGCAACAUUAACGCAGGACGAAUUUGAUCUCUCAGACGCUCUUGGACCAGACCCAACACCAGAAAAACCCAAAGAGCAGCCAGCGUCUCCAAAGAAAUCUGGAAGUGAUGGUGGGCUGGACCUCUCCGAUGCUUUUGGACCAGGUCCAACACCCAAAAAGCCAAGUUCUGGAAAUUCUGGUGGCUUUGACCUGGAGGAUGCUGUCAAACCAGGCCCCACCGAGAAACCAAAAAAACCUGGGUACAAACCAAGUGGUGGAGGAGGAGGAAGUUUUGAUGAUUCUGACCUGAUGGAUGUUAGCAAUGAUGGUUACAAGCCUGAUGAUGGAGGACGCUCUGGAGGCCGUGCAGUGGACCCUGGCUAUGAUGACCAAGGUGGAGCUGGUAAACCUCAAGGUUCUGGACCACUUGCAGGAAUCAUUAGUGCUGUAGGUGUCGCUCUGGUGGGAGCCGCGUCCAGUUACUUUGCUUAUCAGAAGAAGAAGCUCUGCUUCAAGCUGCAGGGAGGUGCAGAUCCAGAGAAAGGUCACCAAGGAGGUCAGUCUAAUCCAGGAGACAACCAGAUUUUUAGCAACCUGCUCCGGAACAACUAGAUCCUGAACCAGAACUUGAUCCGACUUUUCAGCCAACAGCCUUAAGACGUCUUUGGUACAGAAAAGAGCCACAAGUUCCACCAACACAUCCAGAACAAAAUGACAGCCAGCUUAUCUUACUCUGAGCUUCAGCAACAGUCAGAAUAUAAUUUUUUGUUGAUGUGUUUUGACUUUAUGUUACUCUUGUAAACUUCAUUUUUGUCUUUUUCAUGUUUGCUAACCUGUUGGUUUCAUGUAAUGAGUCACUGCAGGAAAUCUGUUUGCUCCAGUAUCUUCCAUAAAAACCUUGUACCCAUCAGGAAAGGACGCUUGUGGCGUUGGCUUCUGUUUACUGUGGAGUAUCUAAUCUCACCUCCCAAAUAAUUCAAAGAUGAGGAAAACAGAAGUAAUCUCAGCCACUGUCCUGGUCAGCCCACAAUGAGUCAGAAUCUUCUAGUUGGCCACUGAGCUGCCAGAAAAAUUGGUCAUCAUUUGUGGAAAAAAUAAAUAAAUAAUAAUAAUAAUAUAUAUAUAUAUAUAUAUAUAUAUAUAUAUAUAUAUAGUUCAGAGAUAAGAAACUCAGAACUUUUAUUAUAAUGGGAGUUCUGAGACAAACAUGAUGUGUGACUCGUUGAGAUGUUUUUAGUUUUAUAAGACACUGGUCAUAAGUGUUUUAUGUAGCUGUUUUAUGUUUUAUCAGCAUGGCUCCUUCAGCCAUGCUGAUGGCUGAAGGAGCUUUAAUGUAAACUGAUUGUCGUGUAACCAAGGGCUAAUUGAAAGUGCAAAUAGUAAAUGUACAGAAUUGAAUUUUGUAUUUGUGAGGGACCUUUAGAAAAACACAGAAAGCUGCAACAGAGCUUUGUACUGUUUUACGGAAGCACUUAGCUGCUAAAGCUGGAAUAUAAAUAAAGCUGCAAUAUCUCCUUAAAACAAGAAACUUUCUGGUUAUAAUGAGAAAUAAGUCUUAUUCCUCAAAGUGUUUCAUUGUUACGACUUUGUAUCUAAAUGGCAAGAAACUUUCUUGUUAUGAUGAGCUGCUUUAUUUCCUAGCUGUAGAAGUUAAUUAUUUCUGAACUGUUUGAAAUUACUAGCCCUAGUUCUAAUGCUGCACUCUGUUUAGCUUAGUUUUUCUUUUCUAAACCGUUUACACUGUUUCCUGAUGGAUUUUCACACACCAAACUAGACCUGUAGAGUAGCUGCUUGGUUAAGCUGACUAACUAGCUGCUAACAUGUUAAUAGCCAGACUAACUAGCAGCCAGUUAGCUAGUCGCUAACAUCUUUGCUGCAACAAAGACAUAAUGCUAAAGGCCAUUUUUAAAGGAUUGUUUUCUUGUUUUUUAGUUGAAAAAUUAAGUACUGAUACCUAAAAAAUUAUGUUUUUUAUCUCAGAGUUGGAUAUCUGUUUAUUAUGCCUUUGAUAUACAAUAUAAAUGCUUUAGCUUAGUCCUUUUUGGUUCUGCUGAUUCAUAUAAAACAUCACCGCGCGCUGAGGUUCCACUUCUUUGUUGAAUCUUAUCUCUUCUCUUUUCAUUGAGCGGUUGCUGCUGUCUGUGUUUGGCGCCUUUUAAUUUGAUAGACAAGGACGUGUUGUUGCAGAACGUCUGAAUGAUGAAAUACAAAAACAAGCUGCAUUUCUAUGUGCUGUAAAUAAUCCACUCCUUUAGAUAUGAGUUCUAUGACUUGUUCUGUCAGCUUCUACCAUCAGUUUGAAGUGUGUUUUGUUAUUUUAAGCAUAUGUCUGUUUUAGCUACAUCGACAUUGUGCAGGUCUGUUACUGGAAUACUAAAUGCAUGAUUUGUCAUAGGAUUUUUGGUGUGUACAUGAUUUUAAUAAAGUGUUAUUGUACACUA